UCUUUCAAUGAUUCUCAAUGCUUUAGGGCGGAAGAGAAGCGCCGUACUGUAGUUCAAUCGCUCCAGAUCUAGGUGGAAGUGUGUGUCACCGUAACCGUACAUCCCUUCGCUCUGAGCGCCCAGCAGUACCUAAAACCACGAUGCGGUUGUUUCUGUUCUUCGCCUUUAUGAUCUACGCAGGAAAGCGUGCACAUGGCUGUGAAACUGUGUUCACUCCCCCGAUGGUUUAUGUGAAAUUUGGAGGUUCUGCGUCAGCCAACUGCAGGACAACAUGCAACAAUACGGACGGGAUUGGCUGGGAGUCUUCAUUUGGAGGAACUGGUCUUAUAGAGGGAUUGUCCACUUUAGAUGUGAACCUUAGCAAUGUUAACGACUGGAUGACUGCCCCAAAAUGUUAUAUUGCGUAUUCUAAUGGUGAACAGCAUAUUGUACCACUACCAAUUACUAUUUACAAAAUGCCAGAGAAGGUAUUUAUGCCAAAGCCUCCGACCCCUCUGAUAGCCGAUGGUGAAUAUCAUCUCUUACAGUGCUCAGUUCAUGAUGUUGCACCAGUAAACAGGCUUCACAUAUCCUGGCACAAAGGAGAUGAAAUAUUCUAUGAGCAAUCGUUUGAAGGUAUCGAUCGACGUCCAGCCAAUAAGUCUGUUGAAACAACAGUAGAAAUUGUUGCAGAGGAUAACGGAAAAAAAGUCUGGUGUGAAGCAAGGCUGGACUUACCAGCAGAACAAAGUCCUCAGCCGAUGAAAUCAGAGUUGCAUGUAUUAACAGUUUACUAUAAACCAAAUUUCACUGAGCCUGAAAAUGAGACCCUGGAAAAUGUUGUUGGUGCAAAAAUAUCUUUAAACUGCACGGCUACAGGAAACCCUACUCCAGUUUACAAGUGGCACUUUUCAGAACCUACGCUAGAGGGGAUGCAGGAGCAAAAUGCUACUGGGUCGAUUUUUACUUUGGAUUUCAGGACUCCAGUAGUCUACAAAUGUGUAGCCUCUAAUGUUGCUGGGGAAAGAAUCAAAUAUUUCCACCUCAACAAACCUGAAGGUAAUUGUAACACCAGGAAAGCCCUGCUUGGAGUAUUUCUGACUCUAGGAGUUGUGAUCAUCAUCAUUGGCGGCGUUUUUGGGACAAGAAGUGGAUCGUGUGCUAUCCCAAGAACUAUCUAUCAACCUCCUCCCUCCAGUCCGAAAGAAAUCUGACUUUUGCAUAAUUUAAUGUUGGAUGGCUUUACUGUAAGAUUUUGUCCUUGGUGAAACAUUAUGGACAUUCAAAGUCUUCUCUGGGAUCAGUUAUUCUUUUCAAUUUACCCAUUUGUAUUUCAGGUUUAACACAAUAACCAUAUUGUGUUAAAGUUGUACUUUGGCUUUUUGUGCUGCAUUACUGCCUAUUUGACACAAGACUGGUUUCUCAGAUGCACGUUGUCAUGUUUGCUGGUAUAAAAAGGUGUUGCAUGCUUCCAACACUGAGCCAAAGCUAAAAGCACAGUACGUUUUUCAUCUCCCAAAAGUCAAACACCUUCUAUUAAUGUUAAAAUGUUAGCUUUUAUGAAAAUAUUCUGUGAAGAUUGUAAAGUGGUAAAGAGCUUUAGGUUGAAGCUCCAGCAACACUCGAAAUUCUGAGGAAACAAGUUUACUCAACACGAUGUCACAAGCUGAAGUGUCUCAACUAGCUAAUAACGUUUUCUCAAUAUUCCAAGAGUUGGUGGAGUUUUCACCUCACCAGAUCUUUAUCCUUUUUCAUGCACCUUGACGUUUCACAAGAAACUUUAGUAUCUAUAAUUCUCCAGCCCAAUUUUCUGAACAUGUUAAAAGGACAUUUUGCUGUGGAAAUGCCAGGGAAGGUAUUUAUGCCAAAGCCUCCGACCCCUCUGAUAGCCAAUGGUGAAUAUCAUCUCUUACAGUGCUUAGUUCAUAAUGUUGCACCAGUAAACAGGCUUGUCAUAUCCUGGCACAAAGGAGAUAAAAUGGUCCAUGAGCAAACAUUUGAAGGGACCGAUUGACGUCCAGUCAAUAAGUCUGUUGAAACAGCAGUAGAAAUUGUUGCAGAGGAUAACGGAAAAAAGGCUUGCAUCAGACUUGCAUGUAUUACCAGUUUACUGUAAGUUUAAGUAUUCUCUUUGUCUAUUCAUCAAAAUGAGUUAUUUUUGCAGCUAAACGUCAGGCUGUCUGUAUUUUUAAUUCCUCUUUUACCCGAUGUCACAAGCAGAAGUGUCUCAACUAGCUAAUAAAGUUUUCUCAAUAUUCCAAGUGUUGGUGGAAUUUUCACCUCACCAGAUCUUUAUCGUUUUUCAUGCACCUUGAAGUUUCACAAGAAACUUUAGUUUCUAUAAUUCUCCAGCCCAAUUUUCUGAACACGUUAAAGCACAAUUUGGGACAUAUAGCAUCUUUCACUCAUCUGCAACAUCCUCUCUCGGACCACCAGUUUCUCUAGACCAAACAAAAUUACUGGCUCAACCAGAUAUUUUCUUGAGUCCCAUAGACUCUACCAUAGCAGCAAUAGAAAGUUUCUCUUCUCCAGAUCAAGCCAAAUUUGAUUUUGUUAAAAAUUAAGUGGUUUGGGUCUCUUAAAGAGAGUCCUGAACAUUUAAAGAAUCAGACAAACAACAGCAAAAUCUUUACCCAGCUCUGGGUAAUGUCUUCUUUUAGCUUAUCAUAUUGACUAUCCUACAUUACUUGCUAAUUAAUUGACUUAUAUGUCAAUGAAUGUGUGGCUUUUUGAGUUUCCAUGAGGCGGCCGUUCACGGCAUAGGUAUUUCCCCUUUUUUGUUUUUGUUCAAAUACAUUAUAACAUUGUUACUUGAAGUUUGCUUGCUCGUUGUGCUGUUAAAAGAAAUUGUUUACACUUUUCAAAAAAAAUUUUAAUGAAUGUGCAACAAUAUGUUAUGAUUGGACAGUUUUUUUAACUCAAGCCCUGACUAAAAGAUAGUUUUGAAAUGGAUAAAGCAAGCUAAGAUUAACUUUUUAAUAUGACUUACACCAAGCCCCACCCUCAAUCCUGUUAAAAAUAUCUAGUCUAUGCAGUAAAACCAGCUCUGUACCAGGGAAACAAUCAGAUUAAAUUAUCUUCACCCACUGAAAAGAAUGCAAAAAUUCUGGAAAGAAUUAGAUGGGUUCAAAAUGUGUGUGGCUGAGGUGCAGCUUAGCUUUUUUGUUGUUGUUUUUCUCUUUUUUCUUUCUUUUUUUUACAGCUCCAACUAAACCAACUGUCUUCUCCUUGAUUUGGACAUGAUUGUGGUUGUUAACCCAGCAGCAGGUAGUUUGUGCAGUUGAUUUCAGGCUCAUUUUACUGCUAAACUUGCGUAACCUUUCAUCCAAAAUCUGAGAAUUUCCAACUUGGAUGUUCAUUGUAUUAUAUUUUAGCCUUGACUUAUGACUAGUUAAAUUUAUUAAUUUUCAUUUAAGCGUAGUGGGUCAAAUUUAAGGAUUUAUUUUUUGUUUUUAUUUGUAAUUUUUGUUUUAUGUUUGGACGUAUAUCUACAGUAAUGUUACUCAGCACAACUCCAUGCAAUGUAAUUUUUUUAAUUCAUUUUUGGUACAUGUGCAAAUUGUGAGGUUCUGUAAUUUAAGUUUUUCAUUUUGCUGUUUGCUGUGUUGCACCUUGAUAAUAUUUAUUUUGCACUGAGUAAACCUGCAAACCAUGCGGUACCCUAUUAUACUGUAUACUAAAAUGUUUUAUUAUGAAACAAAAAACCGAUCAAAGAAAAAUUAAUUUUUGGCAAAAUCUAAGUUAAUUAAAACAGUUUUUUUUUAUCAGUGUUCUUUGACAUCAACUAAAGUAAAAGGUUGAAAUAUUUUGUUGUCACUUUUUAUGUUGUGAAUAGUUUCAAGUAGAUCAGAUUCAACAAAUGUUUCCUUUCUCCACUUUGUCAGUCCCUUACCUCACUCUAUCAGCCUUAUAUAAUUAAGUCAAAUGUCAGGAAAUUCUGUUUUCAACUGUUACAAUAAAGGUUUUUAUUGUCAUUA